AUGGAUGGCCAAAGACAACAACCUUACGUACCGGCACCGCCUCCUUCGGCGUCUCAGCCUUCACAGGCUCAUAUCAUGCCCUUACCACCGCCUCCUCCUCGAUACCCUCCUGCGCAACCACAGAAUGUUAUGCCUCCCCCACCACCUGGGCCGCCGCCCGGAUCUGCAUACGGUACCUCAAAACUCACCAACCCUCAGCUCCAGUCACAGAGCACCCUUGGGUGGUCUAACUGGGGUGGACGUGGGAUACCGCAGUACCUUCCCCCUCCUCCGCCGCCUCCCAUGACACAUGCCAAUCAGUCAUCUUUUGCUCGCCCGUCUGCGGUACAGAACAACAACGCUACAUCCGCGACUUAUGUACCGCAACCCGGGACAUUUGGUCCCGGCGUUGGAAUCCCUCCUUUCGACGUACCCUCACACUCGUACGAUGCACCGAAUACCAUGGUGGCUAGCGAAAGACCGCGACCUCCACCCAAUGCUCCAUAUGGACAUGGCACAUCUAACGCCUCUGCCUAUCAGCUAGACGGAACUAUCCCAUCUACCCCCUUGACCCACACUGCUCCUUUUUCUCAUGAGACUUCUCACGAUGUCCCUUCCUCUGCAGUGCCCACAGGAUCCCCUUUCAAAUCCGUUCCUCAAAGUGCGAGUCAAGCGAACGAUCUAACGAAGUCCUCUAGCCAUCGGCAUAAUAACAGUAAUACAACUGUAGGCGGCAUGUCGGCUAGCGAAGCAGCGGUGCAAUGGCCGUUAGAUCGGGUGCUGUUAUGGCUAGCGAAGAACGGAUUCUCGCAUGAGUGGCAGGAGACGUUUAAAACUUUGGAGAUUGAGGGAGCAGAUUUUCUAGAGCUGGGACACGGACAGAAUGGCCGUCCGAAUCUUGGAAAAAUGCACACUGUUGUUUACCCUCAACUGGCAAAGGAAUGUGAGGCCAAUGGGACGGCCUUUGAUUUGACGCGCGAGAGGGAUGAAGGAAAACGUAUGAGGAAGUUGAUUCGUUUGAUUCAUGACGACGCAGGUCCAGAUAACGGAGGCACAUUCAACAAACAGCACGAUUUCGACGACGGGCACGGCAGCGUACCUGAUGAAGGUCCCGAGUUUUCGCCUAAUAUCAAUAAUGUCGCACAAGCGCCAGGCUCUCCGAGCCUCAACGCGACGAACGUAUCUAAUAGUCCCAAUCUCAAGGCCCCCAAAUACUCGCACAAACCACGAUCCUUUACUACUCCGGGGUCCAUUAGUCAUGACAGUACCACAGCAGAACUCGCCAUGACUGAAGGCAGCAGCACAAUGCUGCCUAGGUCAGACUUCUCACGCAACGUGUUGGGAACUAUCGGAAUCGAUCAUCAAAGGAAGAGCCCUUCCAUGUCUAGCGAUAACGGGGUGUUUGCAAUUCCGCCUCAUCGACCACAUGAAGGCAGUCCCAAGAGCGGAAGCCCAGCUGCGCAGCAUGCUACCUUGUACGCAGCACCUGUAUCGUCCGCAACUGAUUUAAACGCUAAGUACGACGCUAGAUUUGGACACAACCGAGUCAAUAGUGGAGAGCGCAGGUACUAUGAAACGCUAAAGCAUGACGGGUCACGUCCUUCGCCCCAGACUACCCAGACCGCUGGUGAUAAUGCUUCAUCUUAUCCAAAGGAUCACCGCAUGGGGUUUCUUAACUUCUUUAAGAAGAAGUCAGCAAGAAAUAGCGAUCCUAAUAACCCUUCUCCCGAUGACAAUACCCCUGAUUCUCCCAUAUACUCUAAAUAUCACUUCAAUAGCAGUGAUGUCUCGGUAAAUGAACGCCCAUUAUCAGCUUCACUAUCUGACUACGAACGGAUGAUGAUGGUGCGAACAAAGCCAGCGCACAGAGGCAAAAGGUUCAUCUUCGCAACAAUGGAUGGUUGGAACUAUCGGCUGAUUGACACCACUGAUAUUGAUUCUGUGGAGAAGCUCCGUGCUUCCAUUUGCCAAAACCUCGGAAUCUACGACUGGCCUGAUGCGCAGAUAUUUCUCACUGAGCCUGGACAAUUGGAGCAUGACGAACCGCUGAACGACACCUUUUUAACUUUGUGUCAACGAUCAAAGUCCGACUCUAUUGGCUCGUUGAAGUUGUUCGUCAAAACUCCACACAAUGUUGCUGGCCUCGGGGUCUCUAUGCCGGACAGGUCUGCCGUUUCUCCAACGUCCGCUAUUCCCAGAAAGCCGCUGGAUGGGGAAGCUGCAAGCAGGUUAUCACCACUUAAGCCUUCUUCUCCUCAACAAUUGAAGCCCCCAGCCAGCAGGCUUCCUCUCCGCGACAUCCAAAACUCAGCCGCUGGAACCUCCCCAGUGGAUGGCGAACCAGACGGGUCGCUUCAAGAUCAGGAACGGAAGCCCCAAAAAUCCUACCGUCCAACACCGGCCCCCUUACCGCGGCCGGAUGCUUAUAGCGAGACUGGGUAUCGCCGCAAAGAGGUCAUCAAUUUUGAUAAGCCCCGUAUAUCGCCCUACGAAGAUAAGAAGUCUGAGGUUCUCGUACCUUUCCGCAAACCACCAUCCGCACCCCAGGAAUCGAACACGCUCAGCAAGGUAAAUUCGUUGAGGAAGAAAGAUGGCGAUCGCCCGCGCCCCCACCGUUCUAAUCAACCACCUGGCAUCAAGGAGAUGAUGGCAGACAUGGGGAUGAUGAGCAGCCUCAUCGGGAAGCCUUCAUCACCCAAUUCAGGGAACACAACAGCUACAGAAGAUGCCCACAGUAGCAUUGACUCAGCUGUCGAUAAGAGUAGCCAAAGUACACCGCCACUCACGAAUACCAGCUACUCACCGACCACCACAGCCACCACCACCACCACCACCACCACUGCUUCCUCUAGUUUAUCCAGAUCAGCGAGUCAGAAACGAAAGUCUGUCGGUCCGGAGUUCGACUUUGAGGAGACGCAGGUAUCUUUCCAGCGCUCUCCCGCGCUUGAAGAGGAUUCCGAUGACGAUUCCGACGAUGGGUUAUUUGCGAUCCCGCUAGCAAACACGAAGAAUUCCGUCAAGCCUGGGUCCCCUGACACUCAAGCAAGACCACGGAAACCGUCUCUCACUGUCGACACCGAAGCUAAGCCCCGUACAGGUUUGAGUGUUAGUUUCAAGUCACCCAGCGCUACACGCGAGACGUUUGCGAGCUCCGGUGGCGAUGCGAGUAACUCGACUGCGCCUUACUUCAUUGCGAGCAAUUCUCCCGAGGAAGAGAAAACACCGAUUAGACGCAACUCGUUACGCAACUCAUUCGCAACCGGCGAUGUUUGGGCGAGCCGUCCUCCCGUCGAGGGUGUCAUUGAUCAGCUCGACGACUUCUUCCCAGAUAUCGAUUUAGAUGCUCCUUAUUUAGAUGAGCAGGGUACGUCGCCACCCUCUUCGCCUGCCAGCAAGGUCGCGAUCGACAACGAGCUCAACCGUAAAGACAAGCAAGAAAACUCUCACCACGGAAUGCAGCCACCUCCAGCUCCGGAAGAUAAUACACUUGGCUCUUCGGAGCCCACCAUGACAUCGCACGGACAGGGCAUCGUCGCACGUCGGAAUGUCAGUCGUUCUGGUGGAGGUCUUACGCGAAUGAAGUCCAUUCGAGAAGUUGCCAAAGGUGCAAAUCAAGCAACUAGACAACGCAGCGUGGCAGCUUCCAGUGGAAAUAAGAGGAGUGGGGAUGUUCAUCGUCGCAAAAGCACAAAAAUGUUCGGAGCCAAGAUUAUGCAGAUUAGCCCCAGGCGCGGCAGUCAACUCAGUCAGCUUGACCCGAUUCCUCAAAAUAGCAUAUCGUCGAGCUCGAAACCUCAGAGACAACCAACUUUCCGCAUCAUCCGUGGUCAACUUAUUGGCAAAGGUACUUAUGGUAGGGUAUAUCUGGGAAUGAACGCCGACAACGGUGAGGUCUUGGCAGUUAAACAAGUUGAAAUCAAUCCUAGACUUGCCGGACAAGAUACCGAUAAGAUCAAAGAGAUGGUAGCUGCGCUGGACCAAGAGAUCGACACAAUGCAACAUCUUGAGCAUCCGAAUAUUGUACAGUAUCUUGGUUGUGAGCGCGGCGAAUUAUCAAUCUCUAUCUACCUUGAAUAUAUCUCUGGUGGGUCUAUCGGCAGCUGUCUUCGAAAGCACGGCAAAUUCGAGGAGAGCGUGGUUAAGUCUCUUACGCGACAAACCUUGGAAGGGCUAUCCUACCUGCAUAACCAAGGUAUCCUCCACCGUGAUCUCAAGGCAGACAAUAUACUGCUCGAUCUAGAUGGAACCUGCAAGAUUUCCGACUUUGGCAUAUCCAAAAAAUCAAACGACAUCUACGGAAACGACUCCUCAAACUCCAUGCAAGGAUCCGUAUUCUGGAUGGCGCCCGAAGUCAUCCAGUCUCAAGGCCAGGGCUAUAGCGCGAAAGUCGACAUCUGGUCCCUGGGCUGCGUGGUGCUUGAGAUGUUCGCUGGACGACGACCCUGGAGCAAAGAGGAAGCUAUCGGCGCUAUUUUCAAACUUGGAAGCCUGAGUCAGGCGCCUCCAAUUCCGGACGACGUGUCUAUGAAUGUCACACCGGCUGCGCUCGCUUUCAUGUGGGAUUGCUUUACUGUAGACACAUCUGAACGUCCGACAGCUCAAACCCUUCUUACUCAUCCUUUCUGCGAGCCCGAUCCGAAGUAUAAUUUCCUUGACACUGAGCUCUACGCCAAAAUCCGUCCUGUGCUUGAGAAUUAAAACGCUCAUUUUCAACUCAUGUUUUGGAGUGAAGUAUAUAUGUUGUUUUUAAGUUAAAGGGUUCAUACUCAAUUCUGUUUGUCGGGUGGGCAAGCUCUACUUAUAUAAGGAACAUUUUUUAUUGCUUCUGCUAGUGCUUGGAUGUCAGAGUCUUCUUAUUCAUCGAUUAAGCGAUUAACACCAAGAUUUGUAUCCGUACCUAAUGGAUUACCUAUACAUAUUUCUCAAAUAACGAGUCAUUUGUACAUGCUAAGGUUAUGUUUUAGGUUAUGAGCGGUCUAUCUCUCCCGAAGUACGUUGAUCAGAGGAAUAAAUAGUCCCAGUUUUAUAUCUAUAUACAACGAUUCGUAUUUAACUACAAGUUACCUAGAGUUUAUCGAAACUGAGACCCCAAACUCCCAGUCCUACUCACACUCCGACUCGUAACCUGAUCAUAAUCGUCAUCCUGCGAUGCAACCCCGACCCGGAAGAUGCCUUCGCACCAAUCUGAAAAGGUAUCAACAUCCCACACAGCAUCUUCACGGCCCUUUCCCUUCUUGCUAACGGCAAUUCCCUUGUUCUUCUCCGACGAAGUGAACUUGACAAAGAACUCCUCGUAUAUUUGAAUUACACGGUCCUGGACCGCACCAACAAGGGUUUCCUUCAUACGGAUAUCAUCGAGGUAGUCGUCGAGGACUUUGCGUAGAUGAGAAACCUCGGCCUCAACAUUGCGGCAGGUAGGGUAGAUAAGUUCCCCAUGCUGCAGGUUUCGUCCGUCAACGAAUUUCGACGGGAGCGAUGCGGUCAUUUUGCUCGCGAAGUCAUUUAUGAAGUCAUUGAUCACGGUUCUAAGACGGCCGUCGAG